AUGAUUUUCUGUUCAUCCAUCUCCGGUGUGUGUGGGAACCCUGGGCAAGCCCAAUAUGCCGCCGGUAAUGCGUUCCAAGACGAGCUCGCCCACCAUCGUCGUGCCCUGGGUCUCAAGGCCGUUUCAGUAAAUCUGGGUGUUAUGCUUGAUGUCGGUGUCAUUGCGGAGACGGGCGCGCACAACUUCAAGAUUUUGGAGCAAGUCCUCGAAAAAGGGCCCCCGGCAAGGGCCGGCCCUUCGCUUGCCUCCAAACUUUCCCAGGCUGGCAAAAACAAGGCUUUAGCGGCUGCUGUGAAGAUCAUUACAAGCGCCUUAGUCCAGAAGAUGGCUGACACCUUACGCAUUCCGCCUUCCGAGGUCAAUCCUAAAAGAGCCAUGUAUAAUUAUCGUGUGAACUCGCUCGUGGGCUGGAGGUAA